UACCACAUAAAUACUGUCUUAUCUCACAUUGUUCAACUCUCUGUGACUUGGUGAAGUAAACUAUUUAUGUCUCCUCCAUGAUACAAGGAAAUCUCAAGUGUGCACUAUUCGUAGAACUAAAGAAUGAAACUCUUCAGUCUGUGCAACCCGAGUCGCCCAUCUUCGCAGCCAGAUCGAUUCCAACUACUGUUAAGGUCGAGAAAGCGUGUUACCCACUGAAGGCUGAAGCUUUGCGUCGAUCUCCUGAAUUGAAUUUACCCGAUGGCCAGAAAAUCCUCUUAGCCUACGACUGCGAAUGCGGCGUCUCUCCGAGUCUCCUCCCCGGACUGCGGGACUUCGAAUGGAGCCAAGAGUUUGUAUAUUUGCACUGCGACGCCACACGACCCUCGAUGAGUUACGACGGUUUGGUCUGUUUCCCGGAAGCAGAGUGGGUCAACGUUUUGAACCCCUCCACGGGUCAACUCCGGCGAUUCCAUUGCCCCUCCCUCUCGAAUCCCCGCCCAAACUCCAGCACGUUUCGGGAAGAACCAUGGACGACUUAUUUCCCGGGAUAUUGUGCGAUGGGAUUCGGUAGAGACAAUGUUAAGGGUAGCUAUAAAGUAGUGAGGAUCUUCUUUGAUCCUACCUAUUGCGAUAUCCUUAAUGUCAACACUGGUGAAUGGCGGAAACUUUGGAAACCACGUCGUUGCAAGGUUGAUGUCGGAAGAAAAUCGGCGUGUGUCAACGGAUCAAUCUACUGGUUACGAAUUAGGCGUGGUCAUGUCUACACGAUAGUAGGUUUGGACCUCCACACGGAAGAGUUCCAUGAUGUCCCACGUCCACAUCUUCCCAAGGGCAUCAUGUUUGAAGCACAGAUUGUAAACAUUAGGGAUCGUCUUGCCAUAGCCAUGCCCGUUUCCCAUCCUCUUCACCAAUACGAGCUAGAGAUAUGGAGUAUGGAUGGACAAAAAGAAACAUGGAGCAAGACUCACUCCAUUAGUUUAGCUUCUCUUGGUAUCGUGGAGUCUAGGUCCUUCAUACCCGUGACUCUCUCUAAGCAAGGAGAUGUUCUCUUCUAUGACGAUGAAGGCUUGUUGUUCAAGUAUAUUUCAGAGAAAGACAAACUCCAAAGGCUCCCUGAAGACAUUUGUGUUAUAUCUCCUUACGUUGAGAACUUGGUUCCACUUCCGGCUAUACAAGUCGAGUUAAGGACUGGAAUUACUUGCCUCCACCCGGAAACAGAAACAACGGAUGGGAUGUUCAGAGGUGAGAGAAUCUUCCAACUUAAACUGGUCGACCAGAUCUUUUAUGACAUGUAUGUUUUUUUGAUCAUGAGUUUUGUUAUUUGAUUGAACUCCAACAGAUCUAGGAACUUGGCUAUGGAAGAAGAAAAUCCUCAUGCUUCUCUGUUUUCUGUGUGGUCUGCUGCUUCUGCACUUCUGGCUAACUCUUGAACCCAUCCAGAAGAAGGCUGUUUUUUCAGUUCCAUUCGUCAUCAUCCGGAUGUUUUUAAUCUUGUUUUUCUCAUAAAACAAAUCCUCGGUA